CACUUGUGCUCCACUUGUGGUCUUGGCUCCUCAAUGAUUUCUGUGUCCACCAAAGAAUUGAAGCGGACUCCUCUUCUGAAACAUGUGGAUUUUUCCCACAACAGCAUCGAAUUUGUGGAUGGAUAUGCCUUUCCCGCUAAUAUGACAGAAUUGGCAAAGAUCAUUCUCUUAAACAAUCACAUCAGUCGCGUUUACAAAAACGCAUUUUCAAACUUGCUUAAGCUCAACCAUUUGGAUUUGUCCAGAAACAAGCUCACUUCCAUAAGCAGAAAAAUACUUCAUUCAAGAGAUAUUUCACUGAAUACUAUCGAUUUGAGGAAAGGUUUUGGUCUGCAACUGCACGUUGAAUUGGAUUACCAGCCGUUUGAGCAAAUCUACUAAACUCAUUGGCCAAUGCAUUGCUCCUAGAGAAGCUGAGUUCGAAGACUUGAAAUCUACAUUAUCAACGAUUACACGUCCGUGCAAAUGAUAAAGCAAGAACUAUCAAUGUAUCUUACAGUAUCCAGAGUAUCUUACAGUAAUCUUUAUAUAUGUUUAUGCAUUGGACUUAAAGAGUACUGUAUCCACUAAAUAAACUAGCUCGUACUAAAAAUAAAUUUCUGUUUACUCUA